UAGACCACAGACAGUUGCCCUGAUGCUCCCGUCGCGAGCUAAACAAACAUGUCUCUGCUACAUUAUGAGACAACGGAUCUUAAUGAUACGUAGGCAAAUGAAAAGGGAAAUGUGCCACGAUUAAUGAGAAACGUGCCGAACAUAAAGCUGUUACGUUAGCUGAUGGAUAGUUGAUUUAGCAUUCAGUUGGUUAGCUUAGUGUAGCCUUUUGUGACCGUGUUUACACAUUGCUAGCUAGCUCUCCAAUUGGCUACUGUAAGCUAGCAAAAUGGACCUUGGAACAAUGUUGUACAACAAUUUAAAAGAGGUUACAUGGAGCACGACGUCCUUACCAUUAGAUCAACUUGUCAGUGCUUAUAGGUUGCCUCAAAUUGCCAAGCUGGAUAACGGUCAGUUGGUUGAAGGGCUCAGAGACAAUGACUACCUCUUGAUUCAUUCCUGCCGUCAGUGGACGACUAUUACUGCUCACAGUCUGGAGGAGGGACACUAUGUCAUCGGGCCCAAGAUAGAGAUCCCAGUGCAUUAUGAAGGUCAGUUUAAGCUACUGGAACAGGACAGAGAUGUCAAGGAGCCUGUGCAGUACUUCAACAGCGUGGAGGAGGUGGCUAAAGCAUUCCCUGAAAGGGUAUACGUCAUGGAAGAAAUCACUUUCAAUGUUAAGAUGGCUUCAGGGGAAUGCAAUGAAGAUACUGAAGUUUACAACAUUACCCUAAGCACCGGUGAUGAGCUGACAUUAAUGGGCCAGGCUGAGAUCCUGUAUGCCAAGACCUCCAAGGAAAAAUCCAGAUUGAACACCAUUUUUAAGAAGAUUGGGAAGCUGAACUCCAUCAGUAGGAUCGGUCGAGGCAAGAUGCCCUGCUUGAUCUGCAUGAACCAUCGCACCAAUGAGAGCAUCAGCCUGCCUUUCCAGUGCAAAGGCAGGUUCAGCACCUGCAGUCCACUGGAGCUGCAGAUGCAGGACGGCGAGCACGUCAUCAGGAACAUUGUGGAGAAAACCCGUCUCCCGGUCAAUGUCACAGUGCCCAGCAGUCCGCCCCGCAACCAGCACGACCUGCACCUCAUCCGCGAGGGUCAUCGCUACAAAUUGGUCAACAUUCAGACGAAGACGGUGGUCGUGUGCUGCGUUCUGCGAAGCAACAAAAUUAUCCCCAUCCAUUUCCCCUUCCACAUGGCCAUGCCUAGAUUUAUUAUUCCAGAAGAACUGCUGCAAGGAGAGUUGUGGCUAGACACUAUGGUACAUCGCUGGUUCUCCUUCUGCCAGGAGCAGUUUGACAUAGACGACUAUUCGCGAGCCGUCCGCGACGUUCGGACAGACUGGAACGACGAUGGCAAGAGUCCUAAGAAAAGCAGCGGGAAUGGCAGUUGCAGCGGAAGCGGAAGCAGCGGAGGCAGCAGCAGCUCCAACGGUUGUCCCAGCCACAUGCAGAUUCCCAGCUCUUUAAUUUACGCCCGGGAUGAACUCACCCAGUCCUUCCACCGACUGUCUGUGUGCGUGUACGGCAGCAACCUGCACGGCAACAGCGAGGUCAACUUGCAGGGCUGCAUGACACUGUGUGGAGACUGGGCUCUUCUGCCUUCUGACAGCAUCCCUACAGACCCGGGAGAAAAUGAACACUUCUCCCCCGAACCGAUGGAUAGCGCAAACCAACAGUCGUCCCUCAACAAGUUGGACAUUCCCUAUGAGGAGCUGUGGUUGGAUCACUUGAGAGGUCAGAUCCCAAAACCUUCUUUAAGUGAGGGGAUUCGAGGCAUCAACAACGGCUGUGGUACGACAGCAGCCCUGUCAUACCCAGUCACUUGUCCCCUUGGCGCAACACCCAGUCCAGAUGCGUCUCUUACUCCACCACCGGUUCCACCCAAGUCUGAAGCCGUGAAGGAAGAAUGCCGUCUUUUGAACGCCCCGCCGAUUCCUCCACGAAGUUUGAAACAGAUGCCAUCGGUGCCCAUCCUGGCUAAGCCACGGCAGCAAGACACUCGGUCUCCAAGUCCAACCCUCUCCUAUUAUUCCUCUGGUCUCCACAACAUUAGCGGAGCGUCUGAGCAAGAGGCGGCCGACCCACAAGAGCAAAGCCCCGUGUGCUACCCCUGUAACUGGGGUCGCUCCACCAGCACUGAGCCAAAUGCUGCGUUGCCCAGUGGUAGCCUGCCGUCGGAUGGGAUGUCCUCCAGGCUGUCUUGGCCAAACAACUUCAGUGGAGGAGAAUCGCACAGCAUGGAGGAAUUUCUACCAGCCGGCUGUCGAAGUUACUUCAGUUACCCCAGAAAAAGAUCCCCGAACACCCCAAAGACCUGUACAUCCAGCCGCGUUGACUUUGACGGCCGAGAGCACGGGCACAGCAGUCAGGACCUCAGGUCGCAGAACGCUUCUCUGAAUCAGUUCUACACCAAAUCUUCAAGCUACAAUUCAGAAAUGUACAGAGACAAGCCCCUCGAAGAAUCUAACACUAAGCAGAGCCUCUCUUGCCCCAUUUUACCACCGAGAACACCCAAAUCCAAUGCCAUGAAGAAGGGCACAGAUUCACUGUCGGGACCAGCCUGUGACAGCGAGCCGGAAACUACAAAUUGCUCGCGUCUUCGGCACGAGCAGGGCACAAAAGAGAUAACUAACUCAUUAACUCCUAACUGUCCAUCCCUAUGUCCCGCUGCACAGUGGCAGCCCCCGUCCAGUCUGGCUGGUCUUUCUAUUGAAGAGGUGUCCAAAUCUCUAAGGUUCAUUGGCCUGCCAGAUGACAUCGUGUCUCUUUUUGUGUCUGAGAAGAUCGACGGGAAUUUACUGCUGCAGCUCACUGAGGAGAUUUUGUCAGAGGACUUCAAGCUAAGCAAACUGCAGGUAAAGAAACUCAUGCAGUUCAUAAAUGGGUGGAGACCCAAGGUCUAACUGACAGUAUGUGACACUAAAUUCUGUGAUAAAGCAGAGAGUCAUGCCUUCAGUCUAUAUGCAAUGCACACCCAAGCCACAAAGAGUUUUCUUUUUGUAUAAUAUGAAUUUAUUACUUGUUACUUUAUUGUGGGGAUAGUUGGGUUAAUUGGUCAUUUCCCAGCCAACCUAAAGUCUGUGACAGUUAUUUACUAACUGCAUGGAAUCAUUUGGCACUUUCAUGAAGACAUGUUCAUGUCGGCUACUUAGUACUCUUUCUCCCGCAGCCUAGCUAGCUAAACUGAGCUAACUAGUGUUCAUGUUAUCACACAAAUCCUAAUUUAGGCCAACAAAUGUAGAGGAAAACACUGAUGUGACAAAACAUAAUUAAGAUUAGCUCAUUCUGUCCUCAAAAGGGGAAUAUUUGAAGUUUCUGCUCUUUCCGGGAUUUUUCAAAGACCACAGUAAGAAUGUGCUAUAGUAUAUGUUGCUUAUUUACCAUUUAAAAAAAAAACAAAAAAAAAAACAAUGUAAAUGUUUUGCAGGGAAUACACAAUUGGACAUUAGGCCAAAAAUAGAGCUUGCAAUUACCUGCAGUCAGUGACAUACGAUGCAAUCACCGUUUUCACGAGGUCAGGGAUGUGAUAAAGAACGUUGCUGCAAGUGCAUUUCUAAACAUGAAUGACAAGCACUGACAAGUGCUAAGGUAUACUCUAUCCCUUUUAAAGCUCUUCUUACCGGCAAUUUCCACAGGAUGUGGAUCGUCUGCGGACCGGCU